GCCGCCCCGUCCACCCCGCUCUGGCUCCGCCCUCUCCGUGUGCAGCCCGCGGCCUCCUUCCUGCCUGGGCGCUGCGCGUGGCGCUGCUCCCUGGGGCUGCGAGGUGGGGAGGGCAGUGCAUCACCUUCGAGCGAGGGCGGCUGGGCCCUCCCACCCCCGUGGGGGCCAUGAGGACCGCCCUGGUGUACCACGAGGACAUGACUGCGCCCAGGCUGCUGUGGGAGGACCCCGAGUGUGAGAUCGAGUGUCCCGAGCGCCUGACCUCCGCCAUGGGGCUCCUGCAACAGCGGGGGCUGGAGCAGAGGUGCCUGCGGUUGGCAGCCCGAGAGGCCUCGGAGGCAGAGCUGGGCCUGGUGCACAGCCCAGAGUACGUGGCCCUGCUGCGGGGCACUCAGGCCCUGGGCACGGAGGAGCUCCGGGCGCUGUCUGGACAGUACGAUGCUGUCUACUUCCAUCCGAGCACCUUCCACAGCGCCCGGCUGGCCGCGGGGGCCGGGCUGCAGCUGGUGGAUGCCGUGCUGACGGGAGCCGUGCGCAAUGGGCUCGCCCUGGUGAGGCCUCCUGGGCACCACAGCCAGAGGGCUGCCGCCAACGGGUUCUGCGUGUUCAACAACGUGGCCAUCGCGGCCACACACGCCCAGCAGAAGCACGGGCUGCACAGGAUCCUCAUCGUGGACUGGGACAUCCACCACGGCCAGGGCAUCCAGUAUACCUUUGAGGACGACCCCAGCGUCCUUUACUUCUCCUGGCACCGUUAUCAGCACGGGCGCUUCUGGCCCCACCUGCAGGAGUCCGACGCAGCGGCCGUCGGGCAGGGGCGGGGCCGCGGCUUCACUGUCAAUCUGCCCUGGAACCAGGUUGGGAUGGGAAAUGCCGACUACCUGGCCGCCUUCCUGCACGUGCUGCUCCCCCUGGCUUUUGAGUUUGAUCCUGAGCUGGUGCUGGUCUCGGCAGGGUUUGACUCAGCGAUCGGGGACCCCGAGGGGCAGAUGCAGGCCACGCCGGAGUGCUUUGCCCACCUCACGCAGCUGCUGCAAGUGCUGGCCGGUGGCCGGGUCUGCGCCGUGCUGGAGGGUGGCUACAACCUGGAGUCGCUCUCCGAGUCGGUGUGCAUGACGGUGCAGGCCCUGCUGGGGGACCCCGCCCCGCCCCUGUCAGGGCCCAUGGUGCCACAUCGCAGCGCCCUGGAGUCCAUCCAGAGUGUCCGGGCAGCCCAGGCCCCUCACUGGACCAGCCUCCAGCAGCAAGACUCGGCCCCCAUCCUGAGCCCCAGCCCCCGCUCCCCAGAGGGGAGGCCCUCGCCUCUGCUGUCUGAGGGGCCCGAAUUCAAGGCUGCAGCGGCCCAGGCCACGGCGGCACCGAGCGCCCUCCUGGACGGACUGCACCUCUGCCCCAUGCCCCCUGUCGGCACCGCUGUUGCUGUGACUUCACUGGACGCUGCUCCGGUCCUGCCCCCUGAAGUCCCCCAUCAGGAGGGGUCAGCCCUGGAGGAGGAGACACAGUCCUGGGCCAGCCUACACGAGGCCCUGGCCAAGGACGAGGCCGCCAGUGCCCUUGGGAAGGUCCUGUACCUUUUGGAUAGGAUCUUGGAUGGGCAGGUGAGCAGCGGCAUCGCAGCCGCCCCGGCCUCUGCUGCAGCUGCCACUCUGGAUAUGGCCAUUCGGUGCAGCCUUUCCCGGGGAGCUCAGAGGCUUCUCUGUGUGGCCGUGGGACAGCUGGACCGGCCCUCGCACCUGGCAGAUGAUGGGAGGAACCUGUGGCUGAGUAUCAGGGGCAAGGAGGCAGCCGCCCAGUCCAUGUUCCACGUCUCCAUGCCACUGCCGGGGACAACUGGCGGGUUCCUGAACUUCCUCCUGGCCCUGGUGCUGCCCCUGGCCUACAGCUUCCGACCUGACCUGGUGCUGCUGGCUCUGGGGCCGGACCAUGGCCUGCGGGACCCCCAAGCUGCACUCCUGGCCUCACUGUUGCGGGCCCCAGCAGGGUGCCGAGUCUUGGCCCUUGUGGAUGAGGAAUCCACACCCCAGCUUGCAGGCGUCCUGGCCCAGGUGCUGCAUGGAGAGGCGCCCCCCAGCCUGGGCCCCUUAGGCAUGGCCUCCCCAGAGGACACGCAGGCCCUGGUGCGCCUGCGAGGGCAGCUAGAGCCGCAGUGGAAGAUGCUGCAGGUGGCGGCUCCUGCUUGAGUGCUGCGACCCUGGGGCUUGAAAUCGGCCAGGGUGGGCGUAUGUGCACCCGGAAAUGACACUGCAAAAUAGUCCCCCAAGAGCCGGGGGUGAAACAUUCAGCAGCACACCGCUGCCUGAGGCUGCGGCCUGACGUCCGGCCGCCGGGCGCCGGCUCAGGGGACUGUGUCCGCUGCGGCGACCAGGGCCCCUCCGCACCCGCCUCCACACGGAAGGCCCCGCCCAGGCUCCCUGCACGCCGCUCAGUAAACAGUUAAUGA